AUGGAUAUUCGCUCCUUUUUCGCAAAAGCAAACACUUCCAACACUAACACCAAUAGUAAUACUAUCAACAGUACUGCCAAAGUUGGUAAAAGUAAAGGUGAAGAUGACAAAUCACCUAAGAACGAAAAAGAUGAUAAAUUAAAAGAACCAGUUGAGUCGAAAGAAGAUGAAAGUAAGAAUAUUGAGUUUGAUGAGUUUGAGUUUUUAAAUAAGACCAAAAGGUCAUUAAAGAGAAGAAUUAUCUAUUCCAGCGACUCAGAUUCCAAUUCUGAUGAAACGCCUCAAAGAAUCAUUUCUAAUCCUAAUUCUCCAAAACCUGAUUUAAUUGAUGCCUCAGAAAAAGUCCAGCCUGUACCAGAGGAACAAAUAAAAGAUGUAGAACAACAAAUGAACGAUGAAUCUGAAGCUAAGAAUAAGGAAGAAGAUUAUGAAGAGGUAAAAUCCGCUCUCGGUACUAUAGUGGAAAAGUUGAAGGCUGAGAUGGUUGAGGAAAGUACAAAUUCAAAUUUGCAAACUGAUAAUCAAUCUUUGUCUAACGAUGAGAAUGAUACAACUGAUCCCCCAGAUGUUGUUAGUGAUAAAAACCAUCAAAAUGUUAAUAUGGAUAUUAACACUUAUCUUGACACCAUUUCGAUGCCUAAAACUCCCCCUGAAACCCCCUCUAAACCUUGUAAAUCGUCAUCCAAUAACUCUGUUUACACCAUUUCAUCCAACGAUUCCAACACUGUAUCGCCAAUUAAUAAUACCAUUGAUACCAUAAAUAAUACCCUUUUAAAGGAUUCAGGAUCGACAACACCAAAAACCAUUAUUAAGGUUAUAAAGACUUUCUCCCCUGAUAAGAAGAAAGAAAAUGUACCAAUGAUUCCACUCUUUUCAUCGGAUUCCUCACCCACAGUUGUUUCAAUUCCUUCAGACUCUUCUAAUAGUCCCGUCGCGACAGUUACUAACACUAAUGAUAAUACUGAUGACAACACCACUAUUGUUAAUAAUGUUAACAAGGAUCGAGAUAUAGUGAACAGUGAGAGUAGUGUCGGUGGAAUUGAGGGUAAGAAAUUUGUGUUUACAGGAGAGAUGAGUAUUGACCGUCUGGAGGCGACUUUCAGGGUCAAAAAGUUGGGCGGAAUUGUGGUUUCGGCAGUAAGUGGUGUGACUAACUAUUUGGUUUAUGGUGAAAAGUUGGAAGAUGGAAGGCCCUACCAAUCAGGCGUAAAGUACAAAAAGGCACUUGAACUUAACAGUAAAAAAAACCUAAAUAUUCAACUCUUAAACGAACAACAAUUCCUACAGUUGCUCCAAUCAAACGCCGAUAGUACUGUCGACACUAGUAGUACAGUUGAGAAUACUGAUAAUACCAGUUCUAUAGUAGAAGAUGUGGGAAAUAAGGGAAAAAAUAGUGUUGAUGGUGUUGAAAAGGAUGGCAUGAUGUUGUUUGACAAGUAUAAACCCAAGGGAUUAGUUGACGUGAUUGGUAACCCUAGACAAAUAGAACGCUUAAAAGACUGGCUAAAACACUUUUCCAAAGACAAGGCGAAAGAUGAGUUUAAAGCAGCUCUUCUUAGUGGCCCGCCUGGAAUUGGUAAGACGACUUGCGCUAAAUUGGUUGGUCAAUUCUACAACUAUCACGUCAUCGAGUUCAACGCUUCUGAUCAACGAACUAAAAACUCCAUUGAAAGGAUUUCCCCACUAGUUACCGGAACACUAACUCUUAACACUUUUGGUACUCCCUCCUCAACAGAUAGCAAUUCAGUUAAUCAUGUUGAUUUGAAUGUAAAAACAUUAUUGAUACUAGAUGAAGUUGAUGGCAUGAGUACUGGUGACAAGGGUGGUCUUCAGGCGAUUUCUGACCUUAUUGACAUUACUAAAUGUCCAAUUAUUCUAAUUUGUAAUGAUAGACUUUCUCAAAAGAUGUCUGCAUUGAGUAACAAGUGUUUGGAUUUGCGAUUUACAUCUCCACCUAUAGAUUUGUACAUGAAGCGAAUGAACGAGAUUUGUAAACUGGAAAAGAUACAAGUGACUGAAAACUUAUUGUUGGAGUUGUACCACAAGUCAAACGGUGACCUCAGAUAUGCCCUAAAUUACCUACAAUUCUACAAUUUGAACACAAAUAUCGCUAAUUCUAUCAAUAAAAAAGAUGAAUCACACUUCCAGAAUUUAUUUGAUAAUUGCAAUAAGAUUUUUCAUUUGGCCAAGAUGCCUUUUAAUGAGAGGAUUAAUAAGGUUAAUGACCUCUUUUUUACUGAUUAUAGUCUUAUGUCACUGAUGCUACAGGAGAACUAUUUCAAGUACACUAGUAACGUGACACUAUUAUCGAAGUUAUCACUAAUAUACGUAUACGGCGACAUUGUCAAUACAGUAAUGGCACGAAUAAAUAAUAGUGGAAGUGUAUUGAAGGAAAAACUAUCAUUUCCACAAUGGCUUGGAAAGUUUUCAACCACAAACAAAAAUAAGAGACUUUUGGGAGACAUCAGCAGGAAUUUAUGUCGUAAAACUUCACUUUACGGAUAUAACCUUGUCACCGACGGCUAUCUCAAUAUUCUCUAUCAAAUCAUGAUGAAAAAGUUGAUCGAUGCAGAUCUAGUGGAAUGUGUAGAGUAUAUGAAUGAAAUGGGAAUAACACGUGAUAUGUUGGUUGAGCAUAUUUCAAGUUUACGGCUCAAAAAUGAGGAAAAUUUAUACGUCAAAGUACCGACACCAGUUAAAACCAAACUGACCAGAUUAUUUUCAAGUCAAAUAAUGAAGACUUCCACCGCCAAGAGAAAACUUAAACCACAAACUAUUGAUGUCGAAGGUUCCGUUGCAGAAAAAUCGGACGAUGGAUUAGAUUCUCAGGGUUUGAACUCAAAGAAACUAAAACCAACCAGAAAACUUAAAAAAGCUAAAAAAUAA